AUGGCGUGGCCCUGCAUCACCCGCGCUUGCUGCAUCGCUCGCUUCUGGAACCAGCUGGAUAAGGCGGACAUCGCCGUCCCUCUCGUUUUCACCAAAUACUCGGAGGCCACCGAGCAUCCCCCCGCGCCCCCCCCGCGCCCCGCCGCCCCCAUCGAUACCCAACCGGGCGGCGAGGCGGCGGCGGCGGCGGGGGGGGGGGAGCCGGCUCCCGGUCCUACCCGACCCGGCCCGGCCCCCCACGCCUCUCCCCCGGCCGAUUCGGUGAUGCGACACGACUACAAGCCCUGGAAGGUGCAGCGCCCGGAGCCCAGCUGCAAACCCAAGAGCGAGUACCAGCCCUCGGAUACCCCCUUCGAGAAGGAGACGCAGUACCAGAAGGAUUUCCGUGCCUGGCCCAUCCCCAAGCGGGGGGACCACCCCUGGAUCCCCAAACCCGGCCCUUCCCCCGUCCUGGCCCCGGACCGCGCUUCCCCGGAGAAAGCGGCUCAGGAGAAGCGGCGGAAGGUGCUGCCCGGGCCCGAGAAGAAGGAGGAAGACCCCGAGGCGGAGGAUGAGCAUCCCAAGGCGGCGCGGACCGGGGACGGCCGGGAGAAGGGGCGGAAGAAGGCGGAGGAGGCGGGGGGACAGCCGCCGGACGCGGGCAGGGGCCGGGCGGCCGCCGAUGCCCUCAACAGGCAGAUCAAGGAGGAGGUGGCGGCGGGGGUCAGCUCGUCCUACAGAAACGAGUUCAGACCCUGGGUAGAUGUCAAACCUGUGAAAGCUAUAAAGGCAAAGGCCCAGUACAAGCCGCCAGAGGAGAAAAUGACCCACGAAACCAGUUACAGCGCUCAAUUCAAGGGGGAAACCAGUAAGCCUGCUCCAGCUGAUAACAAAUUCCUGGAGCGCAGAAGGAUACGCACUCUCUACAGCGAACCCUAUAAAGAACCGCCAAAGGUGGAAAAGCCUAGCGUAAAGCCUUCCAAACCAAAAAAGACCACAACAAGCCAUAAACCCCUGAAAAAGGCCAAAGACAAGCAGAUUGCAUCGGGCCGGGCUGCCAAGAAAAAGAGCGCCGAGACCUCCAACACAGCAAAGCCAGAGGACAAGGAGAAAAGUAAAGAGAUGAACAAUAAACUGGCUGAGGCAAAAGAGACCCCUGAAAAAAACACUGGUGCUACAGACCAAGAACCAAGUACCUUAGUGCAGGACCAACGCACAUGA